CGCCUGAAACCGACCAAUCCGACGGCUCAGAAGGCUCUGACCACGCCCACUCACUACAAGCUGACUCCGCGUCCUGCGACCAGGGUGCGGCCCAAAGCGCUGACGUCUUCCGGAGCCUCGAAGUCGCAGCUGUUUGACGGCCUGGAUGACGACGAGCCGUCGCUCACCAACGGAGCCUUCGUGCCGAGGAAGAGCAUCAAGAAGCUCGUGCUGAAGAACCUGAACAACAGUCAGUACAGCAGUCCUCUGAACAAGGAGAGCGACGACCUUGCCUCGCCGUCAGAGUACCCACAGAACGGACACAGCCACGUGGAGGAGGAAGAGGAGCAGCUGAGGAGGGUGGCGGGCCCCGGCAGGCGGGCCGACGACGACCCGGAGGUCACCCAGUUCUACGUCAACCCCAUCGCCAAGCCAAUCCCACAGGGCCGCGCCCACGCCAGCCUGCAGGACACCAUCGGCGACCUGAACAUGCACAAAGGCUCGAGGAACGGCCUCGAGCUGAGCAACGAUGACGUGUCUGCGUCCUUCGGCGAGGAGUCUCUGCAGGAGGAGCAAGAGGAGGAGCAGCAGCUGUCCCAGCAGUCUCCGCACCCUGCAGGCAUCGUUCUGAAUCGUGUGGGCUAUUACACCAUCCCCUCCAUGGACGAGCUCGCCGACAUGGUGGACGAAAACGGGGAGUGCAUCGUGGAGAACUUCACCAUCGGCAGGAAAGGUUACGGCUCAAUCUUCUUCCCCGGCGAGGUGAACGUGUCGGGACUGAACCUUGACGAAAUCGUCCACUUCAGACGCAAAGAGGUCAUCGUGUACCCGGACGACAAGAGCAAGCCGCCGGAGGGGGAGGGGCUUAACAGGCGAGCAGAGGUGACUCUGGACGGCGUUUGGCCGAAUGACAAGACGGCCUGCACCCAGAUCAGGAGCCCCGAGCGUCUGAGCGACAUGAACUACGAGGGCCGGCUGGAGAAGGCAUCGCGCAAGCAGGGAGCUCGCUUCCUGGAGUACCGACCUGAGACCGGGUCCUGGGUGUUCGAGGUGGCGCACUUCUCCAAGUACGGCCUGCAGGACUCGGACGAAGACGAGGACGUCCCGCCGAAAGCCGAAGCCAAGAAGCUGAAGACGCUGACGCUCCCUCCCUCCCGGCUGCAGCAGCAACAGCUUCCCCCCUCUCAGCAGCAGGUGGCGCCGCAGGCUCAGGCCAUCGCCAUCAUGGAGCACCAGGGCGGCGCCAACGAGCUCGACAGCGACAUGGCUGACAUCACCCAGAGCUUCCCGACAGAGAGCAUGCUGGGAGGAGAGGAAGACGGCGACCUGCUGGCGGGGGAGACGGACACGACAAUCUCCAAGCUCGGCGGUCUGGCCUCCUCAGAGCUCGACGGCAUAUCUGCAUCCGGCCACAUAGCCUCUACACUGGGGAUCAACCCACACACGCUCCAGAUCAUGAAGGCGUCCCUGUUUGCUGAGGACGACGAUGACACCGACAUGUUCCACGAUCACGCGGCGAUGAAGGUUUCCACGGAUGUCUCGUCUCCUCGCCUCGUCCUGCCGGCCGCUCAGGGCCGACCCUCUGCCGGCGGUCUCCUUCAGGCUCGAUUCACCUCGGGCCUCCCUCAGCUGUCAGACUCUCCCCGCCCUCUCCUUCCUCCAUCACGGCCGUCUCCAGCCGGCGUUGAAGCCCCCCGCUCUCUGCAGUGGGCGGGGCCUGGCCCGUCCCCCUUCACGCUGCCCUCCCGGACUCCGGAGCCUUCAUUUAGGACGGUUGGCGUUCGGCGGCUCGGCGGCCCCGUCCCCCUCAAAGAGUCGAUCACUCACGGGAAGGGAGGUUUACUCAUGGACACCGGGCUGUUCGCCGUGCGCUCCUUCCGGGUCGGGUGGGGUCCCGGCUGGACGCUCGCACACUGCGGCAGCCGGCUGAGCUCGCCAACGUCCAAGCAGUUCGAGCACCAAGAACUGACGGCAAAGACUGACUUCAGCUUCCUGCCGAAACCUGCCAGGAGCAAACCACUCACAGAAAGCCCCUACAAGGUAGUGGUGGAGCAGGUGGUGGGUCUGGAGCCUCCCAGAGGGAAAACCAUUGAAGAAGAGGAAGAUGAAGAGAGCCAGGCGGUGCUGCAGCGCCCCCUGGAGAUCUGCCUGAAGCACAGCAUCGUGGAGGUCCCCGACAGCUCCGCUUGCCCUGCGGUGCGACCACAGCCCGGCGUGGCGGCGCUGCACGAGUAUGCCGAGUGGAUCGCCGAGCUGAAAGACAGACGAGGCGACACUGAGCCGCUGCUGGGGUACUGGGCCGAGGUCUGGACUCUGUGCGAGGCGCUGUGGGGCCGGCUGGGCCCCUCGGAUCAGGAGGCCGAGGUGCUCAGCGAGUACGAGCAGCAGCUGGAGAGGAGGCGGAGCUUCUCGGCCUGGCUGUCCCACGGUGCCUCCCACAGGGUGGAGGAGGAGGUGGCUUUGGCCAGGAAAGGUCGCCAUGUCGACGCAGUUUUCAGCUACCUGACGGGAAACCGCAUCAGCGAGGCGUGCCGACUCGCCCAGAAGGAAGGAGACCACCGUCUGUCCCUGCUGCUGUCUCAGGCCGUGGGCUCGCAGUACUGCAGGGACCUUCUCGCCCUUCAGCUCGCCGAUUGGCACCGCAUGCAGACCGACUGCUACCUGCCCGAGGAGCGACUCCGCAUCUUCGCUCUGCUCGCCGGGAAACCGGUGUGGCAGUCCACCGACUCUUUGGUGAACGUGUGCGCCGAGCUGGACUGGAAGCGCUGCGUGGCCGUCCACCUCUGGUUCAUGCUGCCCCCGACUGCCUCUGUGGCCGACGCCCUCGCCAGAUACGAAGCCGCCUUUCAGGGCUUGUGUGAGGCGGGGAAGUACGCCUGUGCACCCCUGCCUCCAUACCUGGAGGCGGAGCAGCCAGAUCUGGAGGAGGCGUCCAAACGGCCGCUGUACGACCUCUGCUUCCACCUGCUCAAACUCUACAGCGACAGACACUACGGCCUGCAGCAGCUGCUGGAGCCUCUCGCCGUCACCUGGGAGCGCCUGGACUACCGCCUGAGCUGGCACCUGUGGGGCGUCCUGCAGGCGCUGCACUACACCCACCUGAGCGCCCCACGGCAGGGCCUCCUCCACGCCAGCUACGCCGCGCAGCUGGAGAGCGCCGGCCUGUGGCACAUGGCCGUCUUCAUCCUGCUGCACAUCCCCGAGCACGCUCAGAGGGAGCGAGCUGUGAGGGAGAUGCUGACGCUGCACUGCCCCCUGCAGGAGACGGAGGACUCUGUCCGCAGGGAGCGCUUCCUGACCGAGCAGCUGCUGAUCCCGGAGCGGUGGAUCCACGAGGCCAAGGCCACCCGAGCCCACCGCGACGGCGACAGACACCAGCAGGCCCUGCACCUGUACCGAGCCCGAUACUGGAACCAGUGCCACCGCCUGCUGAUCCAGCACCUGGCCUCAGACUGCAUCAUCAACGAUAACCACGACUACCUCCUGGAGUUCCUGGAGGGUCUGGCGCUCCCCGAGCACUGCGCCACCAUCCAGGACUGGGACACAGCAGGGGGGGUUUACCUCGACUACAUCAGAGUCAUAAAGACUCUGCAGGACAUCCAGCAG